AACGAGGAAGCCAAGCCAAUGAAAGGUGAACAACCCGCAACUCGACUCCGGCGCUUGCACAAGGUCCCAAUCACGAGACUUUCGGCCGCAAAUUAUGUAAAGCUCGGCCUGGAAAAUCAAUAUGGUUGCCCAGUCCCUGUGCUGUUCAGCCGCGGCGGCUUUUGGUGAUGGACUCCCCUUUGAACUAGGAACUACUACGGGUUUCGGAAGAAAGAUGCCAUGGGGGUACUUUGCAACGAGAACUUAAGAAGGGCAGCCAGAAGUCGCGCGCCUAUAUCGAGAGGUUCAUCAUCGCGCUUUUUGUACGACCAACAAUACGGCCUUAGACCCUUCGACGGGAAGGCUAAAUCAAAGCCGAAGUGUCUGUCCCUAGAUGAUCCUCCGUAACCCUGAUCCACGAUGCGUCCACGUCUGUCUAGGCAGAACGCCAUCUCUUCUCAGGGAGGGAAUGGACAGACUGAACUCGAGCCUCCCGAGGAUUUUUUUAGCACAGAAUUUGGACCGAAUGCUCUACAUGCUAUAAAACCAAUCGAGGAGAACCACGAUACUGACUUUGCCACAGGCAGACCCCCUCCUCUCAUACGGACCUCUUCUACCUUCUCAGAUUUCACCACCGUCUCCGCCUUUUCGACUUUUUCUAACGGGUCGACUCUAUCGGUCCGGAGCUCUGGGGGGACAUGUUCGUUAAAGGGUCUUUGUGAACAAGUCAUCGACAAACAUCUAUGGCUUCAAACGGCCAGGAUCAUCAGCACAUCCUGCUAUUCCCAGUACCGAAGCUUCGUCCUGCACCGUUUCCUUAUCUUCCAAUUACGCCGUCCAGAGAAAAAGGAUAUAUGGCUACGGAUUGAUCGACGCGCCGGAUUAAACCUCCUCUCACUUGCGCGAAAACUUGGUAAAACUCGCGCCAACGAUACAGCUCAGCUCUCAGCAUCUGAGAAAGUCCUCGCGGGAAGGGCACGCCGCGAGAACAUUCAAGAAUUCCAAAGACCGCCCUUUCUUGGUGAUUUCGGUGCUUACCUUCGCAUCAUCUGCGAAGAAUUGAUGGAGUAUAAAGUGUGGCCGGAGAACUGUUGGAUGUUCUGUUCACUAUUGCAAGAUUAUCUCGAAAUAUCGGGAGACGGGCGUUACACGUUCGGGGGUUCGGUGGCUCGAAGCAUGGCACCUCUCAUCCGAGGGAAAAUAUCUGAGCUCGUAGGAACUCAUGUCACCCCCAAUACGAUUAUGGCAGUAUUACAAAGCUCGACUUGGACCUUUAGUCCUCUGUGGCAACCCUUGAACUUCGCGAAACCAAAUGGGUGGCUUUCUCACUCGAUUGGGACAUUUCUUUCCAAAAUCGCGUACCCAUCGCAAGGCGCGGCUGUCCACCAUCACCCGCAAGGCGUCAUGGAGUGGAUCGCGAGCUCCUCGCUUGCUGCUCACCUAGAAAAGAGUGAUCUUCAUUCUCAUGUCGCCCUGCACUGCAUCGAUAUUCUUUGCCGUUUACCCGAGGAAAACAUUCUUCAACUUCCCAACCCUCUAAUUCUCAACUCCGUCAUUCCGGAUCUCGCUUUCCAGAUUCAGUCUAAGAUCUCCCCUGAUGUCCAAUAUGCCGCUCUGUACGGCCUUCUCCACGUGGCGGAAAUUGAAAAUCCUUCAAUGGAGCUAUUCAACAAACUAGAGGCGUUCCUCGCUGAAUCGGUGCUCAAGUGGUUGGAAGUCUUGAGCCUGUUAGGAGCAACAAAAAAUGUUCUCGUUGAAUUAGAUAAAAUUGCUGUGUGGUGUGAGAAUCAUUGCCGCCAAUUGCGGCAUCAGAAUCGAGCCAAAUCUUUACUCCAACUCCUGUUGCGGAGCCGUUGCUUUGCCUACCAUUACUAUGGAGUCAUUUCGGCUUCGGCUGGACAUAUCUCCCAUUCGGCUCUGUCUCAUUCACCCGAUACCGACUGGCUAAGACAAUACCGCAACUCAUCCCGUGAACUCCUUCCAAUAGUUCAAGGGCAAGAUUCUGUGCGCGAUGGUUGGCUUAACACCAUCCGCGGUCACACGCGUCGUGUCGUCAAUUCAGUCUCAUUCUCGCCUGAUGGAUCCAGGAUAGCCUCAGCACCCCAUGAUGAGACAGUGCGAAUUUGGGAUGCGGUGACUGGGGAGGAACUCAAGGUCUUCCAAGGGCACACCAAGUGGGUCAACUCCGUCACAUUCUCAUCUGACGGGUCCCGGGUAGCCUCAGCGUCCGGUGACAAGACAGUACGAAUUUGGGAUGCGGUGACUGGAGAAGAACUCAGGGUGCUCCGAGGGCACACUGACUGGGUCCGUUCGGUUUCAUUCUCGGGUGAUGGAUCCAGAAUAGCUUCGGCCUCCGACGACGAGACGGUGCAAAUUUGGGAUGCGGUGACUGGAGAAGAACUCAAGGUGCUCCGGGGGCACACCAAGUGGGUCAACUCGGUGUCGUUCUCAUCUGAUGGAUCCAGGGUGGCCUCAGCAUCUACUGACAAGACAGUACGAAUCUGGGACGCGAUGACCGGGGGAGAACUCAAAGUCCUUCAAGGGCACUCUCAUGGGGUCAACUCGGUCUCAUUCUCAUCUGAUGGAUCGAUGGUAGCUUCAGCAUCCGGUGAGACAGUGCGAAUCUGGGAUGCAGUGACUGGGGAAGAGCGUAAAGUCUUUCGGGGGCACACCAAAUGGGUCAACUCGAUCUCUUUCUCGUCUGAUGGAUCUAGGGUAGCUUCAGCUUCUGGUGACCAAACGAUCCGAGUGUGGGAUGUCAUGACUGGGGAAGAGCUCAAAGUCUUCGAAGGUCACACUCAUGGGGUCAAUUCGGUCUCAUUCUCCCCUGAUGGAUCCAGGAUAGCCUCAGCAUCCGGUGACGAGACA